CCCAAACUGUUCCUCUCUCCCAUUGCCCACUCCUGUAUAUCAUAUAUCACCUAUGGCUUCAUUCGUGAGCUUUUAACCGGAACUUGACAAGCCAAAGCAUCAGAUAUCAGCUUUAUAUCAAGAAUGGCUACCGAGAACAAAGUGAGCUUGAAGCUAUUGAUAGACAAGAAGGCGAACAAAGUCCUUUUCGCAGAAGCUGGAAAAGAUUUUGUAGAUUUCCUCUUCACCCUUCUCUCUUUGCCUGUAGGUACUGUGAUUAGGCUGCUUAAAAAACCAGCAAUGGUUGGCUGUAUAGGAAAUCUUUACGAGAGCCUUGAAAACCUUAACGAAGCUUAUAUACAACCAAAUCAAAGCAAGGACUCUCUUCUAAAACCCACUGUGCCAUUAACCCAGCUCGCACAUGUGCCUCUCUUGCUGCCUGACACUCGUCCUCUAAAACCUGAGGCAGGACGAAAGUUGUAUGGUUGUUCUAAUUAUAGUAACCACCGGUGCGUUACCGAUCAGAGAGGCUCUCGUUGUAGUAACUGCGGUUGUUCAAUGACUUAUGAACUGCCGUUUAUUGGCACCAAUACAAAUAAUACAUCAGCUAGUGAUACAGCAACUAGUAAUAGUGAGAGAGGUUUGGUGAAGGGCCUGGUUACAUACAUGGUGACUGAUGAUUUGUCAGUGUCACCAUUGUCAAUGGUCUCUGGUGUUGCUCUGCUGAACAAGUUUAGUGUUAAGGGUUUUAGCGCACUUAAUGAGAAGAUGGUUGAGUUUGGCAUUGAUGAGGAAUGUUUAACUUCAACUCAUUACCUUUAG